AUGGUUGCCAAACUUUUGUCUAUGGCGGUGUUCGCCUCAGCUGUCUUGGCUCAUCCCAAACGACACGAACGAUUCCAUUAUGGCAGUGGCACUGGGGGCGGCUGGGCUAUGCCAACUGGUGGUAUCUUCCCAAUGAAUGGCACAGUGCACACCAAAGGUUCAGACUCUGGUCCCUCAGUGGAGUCCCCUUCCGCUGUCGUGGCUACUGCUGUCAAGACUGUCACCGUCCUGCCCAUCCCGGUCGAUUCAUCUUCUCCGGAUACAGCUUCGAGCUUCUCAAGUGCACCUGAAGUUGCAGCAGUCGCAUCCAACACCGGCUUCGCAAACACCGACGUUGCUCCGACCGGUGCUCCCAUGGACUCGUGCUAUGUCUUGACUUCCACUGUCACCUCUACAUCUGUUCAGUAUGUAACAGUCACAGCAACUGCUGGCGUUGGCGGAUCAGAGGACUCGGGCUCGAACCUUGGGGCCCCUUCAGGAUUCGCUCCCUCUAGCGGUGCGGGUCAAUUCCUCGGAGCCUCAUCGAGCUCUACUUCGACCUACGUCCCAUCUGAAGGUCCUGGCGGGUUCUAUGGCGGUUCUCCAAGCUCUUCGAGCUCCUCCAGCCCCCCGACUCUCCUUUCAUCAACUACGUCCAGCGGACCAGGUGCAUUCGCUCCCUCAAGUUCAAUCAGCAUUGCUGCUGGUGCUCCCACUGCUGGAGAGUUCUUCCCCGGCCCUGGAAGAAGCACUGGUGUCCCAUCCUUCGGCGGUAGCUCUUCCAUGUCUCCCCCACCUGUGGGGUCUCAGGGCGCCCCUUCUUCAUUCAUCCCAACCACCUUAGCUACUGUGACUGGCGCGCCUCCUGCUUCUAGCCCAGCCAACAGUGCAUCUACUGUUUCGUCGCUCUCCUCAAGCCCAAGCUCAUCUCCCAGCACUGGAUCAUCUGGCAAGAGAGGUCUCUCUUAUAACGAUGCCUCCCUGACGGACGCCUUCGCGGGUAAGGGCAUGACCUGGGCGUACAACUGGGCAGCUUCACCGGGCGGUCAGAUUGUGUCUGGGGCCGAGUAUGUCCCCCUCCUAUGGGGCCAGGACUCCAUUUCAGGCUGGUCCAGCGCUGUUCAGUCCGCCAUUGCCAGCGGAUCCAAGCACGCCCUAGGCUUCAACGAACCCGAUCUGGAUUCCCAGUCAAAUAUCGACCCCACGACGGCCGCCCAGCUGUACAUCGCCAAUAUGAAUCCACUCUCCGGUCAAGUUCAACUUGGCUCACCCGCCAUUACCAACGGAGCAGGAACGAGCCCCCUCAUGGGGAUCGACUGGCUGAACGCCUUCUUCAAGGCUUGCGCCGGCCAAUGCAAGGUUGACUUCGUGGCGUUCCACUGGUACGACUCAGCCAGCAACAUGGCCUAUUUCCAGAGCCACGUGCAGGACGUCAUCACUGCCGCUCAACAGAACGGCGUCGAGAAGGUCUGGCUCACCGAGUUCGGUGCGAGCGGCUCCGACUCGGAUGUUGCCAACUUCAUCACCGAGGCUACUGCAUUCCUCGACUCGACACCCCAAGUUGAGAGGUACGCCUAUUUCAUGUGUUCAGACGGCAUCCUCGUCGAUGGUAGCUCCAUCUCAAGCCCUGUUGGCGAAGCAUAUGCUUGA